AUCUCAUUAAGGAUGUAUCUGGCAUCAACUGUGAGGGUUGGACGUUACUGAAAAUUGCAAAAGCUCUGAAGAUGAUAUGGUGGCCUGAAUUUGGCGAUUCCUGUGAGUGAUUGAGAGCACAUCAGAACAGAAGCGAGACACGGAAAAGAAUGAAUCACGAAGAUGGUGCAGAUGAUUGGGGUUCUCAAAGGCCAGAAACGCCGCCACCUUUCGAUGCAUUAGAGUACAGUCAGCUCAUCUCUGCAGGGCCGUUGCUGCCGCUGCUAGAACAGUAUGCAGGCGUAGGUUCUUAUGACCAGAACAUUCUUAGGGGGGCCCCGUGGCAAGUGCAGUCACAAGGCGCUAACGCUGACAAAUGUACGGGCAGCCAACUCCAACUAGCUAGUAUGGCUAAUCAAGGGCCUUCGUGCAGCACGUGGAAUCAGGCAGCACCCAUGUACGUGCCAUCGACGUCGUACACAGGUUAUUACGCUGGUGGUGAUCCGGCAAACGUCUCCUGGCAAGCUUCGCAAAUUCCUGGUGGAUCACGUCAUUAUGGUGUAACAGACCACACACGAUGGUCAAAUACAGCACAACAAGAACCUACAACUACAAUGCACAGCGGCGCCGACACAUCUACUGCGGGGAGCUCUGAGCGCACGGAAGAUGCGUUCCACCAGACAGCAGACAAACAUGCCGCAAACAAAUUCGAGUCAGAGUCGGGAAUGGCAAUCAUUCCAGCAAUGCCGGCAAGUACCCCUUUGAACACAAGCACUGGCAACUCUCAGGUAGAUGGGACUGCCGCCCAUACUGAAGUGAACGAUGAAACUGACGACGACGCGCAAGUGGAUGAAGAUGGUGGGCAAUCAGAGAUCGUGGUGCCUCAGCCACCGUACAUGGGGCAGAGAUUUGAGUCAUUCGAAGCAGCAAAGAAAUACUACCAGACAUAUGCAAAGUUCCAUGGGUUUGCGGUCAACACCGAGUACCGUAGGAAAAUUAAGAAAAUUAACGAGUACAGCAGAGGUGAGAUGAUGUGCCACAAGGCACGCAGGAACAAGAAUGGGAAAGGCGAUGCGCCUGUCGUUCCGGAACGAAAGAGAGGUAUCAUUCAGAAGACUGAGUGCCCUGUCCGGUGUAAGCUAAACGUAGAUGGAGCACAGUGGGUGGUCAAUGAGUAUUUUGACGAGCACAACCACCAACUGACAAAGAAGUUCGACCUGAUGAAAUUUCUGACCGCCCACAGAGGGUUCACCUCCGUCGAAAGGCAAUUCGUAAAGCUGCUACAUGAUUGUAACGUCGGUCCAUCGAGAAUGGUGCAGAUACUAUCUCUCAUCCACAGCAAAAAAGGGACUUUGAGUAGCAUGCCGUACAUACCAGCUGACGUCACAAACCUACGGGCAAGGUACCGUAGAGAGAGCAAGUUGGCAGACAUAGAGGUCACAAUUGCCUACUUUGAUGAGAAAGCCAAAGAAGAUGCAGAUUUCUUCUACAGGAUAAGCUUCCUGCACAAACUCGCGUGCUCCCGACCGCUUGUUGAAAUCUUCAUUCGUCAACCAGUUACAUGUGUGGAUUUUCCGGAGCUCAACGACCGUUGCAGCUGUGAUAGCUGGGACAAUUCUGCCUUCCCACUUCGCAAGGGGACACCGACGUUGACUGGGAGCCUGAAAGUGCGCAGAUUUAUGCUGGGGAUUUCCACUGCAGGAAAAGGCGCAGUCUGCUCCGGGUGUUCACCUGCGUCGCUCGUGCCCGGCUUGACACCUGCAUCAGUUGUGCUCCGGUCUUCAGGUUUCUCCGUCACAUUGCUUUUGGCAGGUGGCGGGAACAGUGUGGACGCAGGAACAAAACCAGACUCGUCUCUGCUGCUCCUGGCUACUGUCGGUGCGUUCGAACCCACUCGCAUUUCCAACUAUCGAAGGAGAAGGAGAGGGGAGAAGGCGACGGUGAAGGCGGAAGAAUCGACGGUGCUCGGGACCGUCGGUGGUGCUCGCCAGAACGGAGCAGCUCGCCGGAGCGCCUGCGGGUUGAAGAAGAAGAAACGUAUUCACAACAGAGCCUCCCAAGAACGACUGACUGCGUUGACUGACAAAUUCAGCGACGAUCAGAAGGGGGCUGCUGCUGAGAUGGGUAUGCAGUCUAUGAUGGCUAUCCGGUGCACGAACCUUGUCAACCCUGUAUGCGAUUGGCUUGGUGAGAUCUACGACCCCGCCUCCAGAGAAUUCGCGAAACUGAAAGAUGUGAAGAACAUGAACUGGUGUAAGUUCAUUGCCAACUUCCUGCAUGAUGCAUUUGCAAGCAAGGUGUACCAGAAGGGUUAUCGACUGCAUUUAAUGGCUGUGCUUGCUGCAGACAGGGUAACUGAUAGCAAAUAUGGUAAACUGCAGGCGAGGGCACCUGUUGAGCAGCUAAUAGGGAAGUUUGCAUCUGGAAUGACUGGCUUGCUCGGGAAGUUGGUUGAGGGGUGGACGUCCCUCAGUGGCUCUGACGGCGACGCGGUUGCGAGGCAAUUCACUUCAUUCGUCCCAGAACGUACACACCGGCCAACCGGUUGCCGUGGCCGGUAUGACUACAACAGUUCCCAGGAGCCCGCUGACACACAAGAUGAACUAGGUGGAGACGCUGGUCUCAGCAAGGAUGACGAUGAUGUCAUGGAUAAUGUGCAAGAGGACACCGAUGAUGAUGAACACGCUGAAGUUUGCGCAGGUGGUAACAAGGGCAAGGAUGCAAUAGAUGUCCCCUAA